CCAAUGAGGAAGUUUUACUUUGCCUCUUUGUUUAGUGUCUUCAAGUGCAUAUUUUUUAUAUUUCAGAAACCUUUAGCUAGCGUACAAAUAACGAGCGUCAUCUAGUCUGCAACUCGACUUCAUGCACUUUUAUGAUUUUGUUUUGAUUGAGUUCAUUUAGUGUACAUCAUUUCUCAUAACUACUAACGGUGGCUAGUUAGCUAGUUAGCAAAUACAGUCAGGAGCAUUUAUUGAUGUCAAUCUCUGAAGGUUUGCUCAAAUCAUGAUGGAUGGUGAGAACAAACCCUGCCUGCCGCUCUCCUUUACUGCGCCUAAAUCUGAGGGUCCUGAUUGUAACAGUAAAGUCCAGAGUGAACAGCAGGCUCCAGAGAUGGCAUCAGUGAAGCAGGAAGACUGCAGUCAAACACUGGGGCUGAAUGUCAACAUUAAAGAGGAAGUAAAGGAGGAAGAGAUUGAAACAUUUGUGUAUCAUGGGCCGGCUGGAGAGUUCAAAGAAGAGACGGAAGAACACCAAGUCUUACUACUCAAAGGAGAAGGACCUGACUACGCUGAACUUAAGGUUGAAGUUGAAACGUCCAGAGCGCAACACCGUGUAGAAAGCAAAGCUAAGGAGUCUAACCACUGCCCACACUGUGAGAAGAGCUUCCCAUUCCCAUCAUAUCUUGAAAGACACCUGCGGAAACAUACUGGAGAGAAGCCUUACUGCUGCUCUGUCUGUGGGAAAUGCUUCAGGACGUCAACUCAUUUAACCACUCACCGGGGAGUUCACACAGGGGAGAGACCUUACUCCUGCUCUGACUGUGGAAAGUGUUUCUCUCUUAUAAGCAACUUUAAACAACACCAGCGAACACAUUCUGGAGAGAAACCUUACUCCUGCUCCGAUUGUGGAGACAGUUUUUCUCAACAUGGUAACAUGCGGCGCCACCAGAAAAGACACACUGGAGAGAAACCUUACUCCUGCUCCGAUUGUGGGAAGAGUUUCAUUACAACAUCUGAAUUAAUCAGUCACCAGAGAGUGCACACAGGAGAGAAACCUUUCCACUGUUCUGUCUGCGGGCAGAAUUACUUUAGCCUGAGUAACUUAAUACGCCACCAGAGAAUACACACCUAGGACAGAAGCCAUAUUCCUGCUUGACGCGCUUUAAAACAUAAUCUGAACAAGAGGUCUUCACGAAUCCACCCGUACCCGGAAUACCCGAGAACCGAUCCGGGACACGAGCAGAUCUGGAUCCAGAAUUCUGAAUAAUGUUACAGGUCUGGUUCGGAUCUGAUUUGAUUGGGUCUCGGGUAUGUGUAAUUUAACUGACUUGUGAUGAUGCAGGAAGCUCCUCUCUCACACUGUUGAAGACAUGGAGAGGUACCUACACAGUCCCAACAUUGACCCUGUCUGCCGAGGAUGGCGUCCCUCCAAGCUGUUAUUGACCGCUACGCACAGCGGACGAGGAGCCCAACCAGCAUGGAUCAGGGACAUGAGGAAUGACCUAACAGGGAGCUCCAGCAUGUAGCAGGGACAUGAGGGAAUGACCUAACAGGGAGCUCCAGCAUGUAGCAGGGACAUGAGGGAAUGACCUAACAGGGAGCUCCAGCAUGUAGCAGGGACAUGAGGGAAUGACCUAACAGGGAGCUCCAGCAUGUAGAAGGGACAUGAGGGAAUGGCCCAGCCUGACGGAGUGGAGAGAGCAGCAGUAAACUACAAGGGAAAGGUCUUUAAUUUCUCCUGACUGAUAGUUCCUACUCAGAGCAAUAGAGCAGAAACUCUCUGAGCCAUUACUGAUCCUGUAUAUUCAAUACAAGGCCAAAAGUAUAUGGAGCUGGGGCUGUAUACUAUGUGUUCUGGAAUCACAGCGCUGGGGCUGUAUACUAUGUGUUCUGGAAUCACAGCAUUGGGGCUGUAUACUAUGUGUUCUGGAAUCACAGCAUUGGGGCUGUAUACUAUGUGUUCUGGAAUCACAGCAUUGGGGCUGUAUACUAUGUGUUCUGGAAUCACAGCAUUGGGGCUGUAUACUAUGUGUUCUGGAAUCACAGCAUUGGGGCUGUAUACUAUGUGUUCUGGAAUCACAGCAUUGGGGCUGUAUACUAUGUGUUCUGGAAUCACAGCAUUGGGGCUGUAUACUAUGUGUUCUGGAAUCACAGCAUUGGGGCUGUAUACUAUGUGUUCUGGAAUCACAGCAUUGGGGCUGUAUACUAUGUGUUCUGGAAUCACAGCCGAGGCAGGCCUCUUCGAUCGUUUGAACACUCCAUCUUUAUUUUUGACCACCUGCAGCUUUGCCCUUAGCUCUUCUGGCUGGCCCUUAUGGCUUGUAGAGGCCCUUGGCUCUUCUGUCUGGACCCCCUGCGGAUAGAGGCCCUUGGCUCUUCAUUAUCAACAGUGGAGGGGUGUGUGUGUGUGGGGCGGGGGUCAUCAUCACCGAUAACGUUGUUCCUGUCAUGAUCUGAUAUGUUCAGCAUAUGCAUUCAACAGCCUGGCUGGCAAAUGGCCUGUCUCCCCCUCCUAGUCCGUAUCUGACCCAUCGCUAUCACAAUCACUGAGGACAGCAUGUUUCUCAUUUUGAGGGAUAACUGCAAUGUUGCAUGCCUUGUCUGGGCGGUCACCUAGAUCCAACAUAUCCAGAACUUGACUCAAAGUCAAACUAAAAGAACAGAGUAGGAAGUUAGUUAGAACAAGAACUAUGUAUGUGUAUGUGUUUACCUAGAUACACUGUGUUAUCCCUCCGGUCACUAUUGUUACCGUCAACAUGUUUACACAUUUUAUGACCACACCGAUCCAAGUUGAGUAAUUGCAAAUGCAUAUAUCAAUACUAGACACCUUUAAAGAUGAUGUGUACGAAAAAUCUUUGUCCUAUCUUAACAUGUAUGGUAACAUACUUUACUAACCUUUUGUUUGGGAGCUUUGACGCAACCAUACUCUUCUCAUGGUGCAACCAGGAAGUAAACAGCUCUGGUCAUGUGACAAUUUACACUAAACAUGUGACACUGCACAUAUUUAAUUGAGACCCUUUAUCGUAUCAAUAUUUGCUAAAAAUGCAUUGAUACAUCAUUCAGUAACAUCUUUAGAGCCUAAUAACGUUUUUUUCACUGAGCUUUUCAGUAAGGCCAUUCUUCUGCCAAUGUUUGUCUAUGGAGAUUGCAUGGCUGUGUGCUAGAUUUUUCUUUACACCUGUCAGCAACAGGUGUGGCUGAAAUAAACAAAUCCACUAAUUUUAAGGGCGUCCACAUACUUUUGAUAAUGUGGUGUAGCUUACAUUGCGUGUCUAUUUUUUGUUAUAGUGUUGGGAAGGGCUUGCAAGUUUAUGUUAAGCAUUUCACUGUACUUGUGCAUGUGACAAAUAAAACCUGAAAAAUCAA